UUUGGAGUGGCUGGUGAAUGUGGUUGUUAUGCCCGCGCUUCCGCGCCUGUCCACGGUGUUGCCCGGUGCCUUGUAGCCGACUUGAGUCGCUCCUUCUCCGGCGUCGCGGACUCUAUGCUCUCGCUCUCCACGUGUGUGCUCCACCGUGUCCCGACCUCUCGCGGCUCACAAGGCUGACUUGUUAAAGUCAAACGCCACACUCAAGUGGGUCACAAAAUCUGCCGAAUAGACAUUUUAAACUAGUUUUUGCGGGGAGCUGGGGACAACGGAGGAGCUGCACGACUGGGAACCAUGAGCGGACGCGGGGAGGAGGCCGGCGAGAGCUCCCAGGAGCCCGCAGGGGCCGCAGAGCCCCAGAAGAGGAGACCGGGGAGACCGAGGAAACUCCAAAAGGAGCCCAGUGGAGAGCCCGUCCCCAAGCGUCCAAGGGGGCGCCCCAAAGGAAGUAAGAACAAGGGCCCUUCAAAGGCAGCACUGAAGAAAGCUGAAGCAGCCGGGGAGAAAAGACCCAGGGGCCGACCCAGGAAAUGGCCUCAGCAAGUUGUCCAGCAAAAGCCUGCUCAGGAAGAAGAAGAAGAAGAAGAAGAAGAAGAAGAGGAGGAAGAAGAAGAAGCUGGAGAGUCCCCAGAGGAAGAUUAAGCCUUCAUACCAUGAAACCUCUACCUCAUUCAGCUGUCAGGUGUUUCAAAGGGAAACAACUACCUUGACCACUUUUUGUCUUUCAUUUGACUUUUGUUUUAUUUCAGUUCAUGUCCAGUAUUUCACCUUGUCACUGGGAUGUUCCUGUGUUUGUUAUUUCACCCCAAACAACAUACAGACUUAGGUUGUGUCUCAAUUCGCGCACUUUUGUUCUUACACUGAGUACUAAGUACACGGUGUACACAGUACACCUAUUGAAGUGUACCAAUGGAAGUAUUCCAUUUGAGACACAGCGUGUGUCUCAAUUCACGCAAUUCCGUACUUACAUGUCAUCUUUUGAGUGCGGUGACACCGAGAAGUACGCCAAAAUUCAGUCAGUACACUCAAAACAGUCAAAAAUAAUUAGUGUGCAGUGCUGGACACUUACCACCCAAAAGAGUCGCCAUCUUGGCUACAUAGCGGAAGCGGAGGGACUAACUUGAAAUAAUGGCAGCUGGGGAGCAACCCACAGUGGUGGAAAGUAGUGAACAGAAGAAGAAGCAGGGAAAUAUUGCGAUUGUCGUUUCAACGUCAGUCAUGGAUUUGGGACAGUGUACACCAGGAGUGUCCAAAUUUUUCCAUUGCAUACUGAAAAAUCAAAGGAUGGAUGGGCCACUUUGAUAUUUUACAUUUUGUAAACCAACCCAUAUAGAUAGAUAUGCUAAGAAAUUAUAUAUAUUUAAAGAAAAAACAGCCUGCAUUCCCGCUUUGUGAUAUAGGUGAAAAAGUAUACCAUUAAUAUGAUCUUUUUCUCUUAAAAUUACUCAAUUUUUAUUGUUGUUCUUCAUACCAUUGCUGUUGUUUUUUUCAAAUAUUGCAACAUUUACAUUUCCUUUUUCUUGUAAUGUUAAGACUUUAUUCCUAUAAUAUUUUGACUUUAUUCUCGUAAUGUUAUAACUUUUUUUCCAACCUAAUUUUCCAACAUUUUGCGACUUCGUUCUUUGUUUUGUUUUGUCUCUCAUAGUAUUACAGCUUAAGAAAAUAGCAUAAGAUAACAUAAAAAAAAUUCUAUUAUUUUCUUAAUAGUCGUUAAUAGUUAAUAACAGUUUGGUAAAAUUAGGACUUUUUUUCACGUAAGGUGACAAUUUUUUUUUGAAUAUUUCAACUUUGUUCUUGUGAAAUUACGGCUGUUUUAUUUUUAGAAUGUGCCGUGGGACAAUAAAAAAACAAAUGGCCCCUGGGCCACACUUUGGACACCCCAGGUGUACACAAGCAAAAUUUGCGCACUCAGGAACUAAGUACACAGUGUACACAGUAUGCUUCUUGAAGUGUACUGACAGAUGUCCCGAUGUGCACACUUCCAUGCUCACACUUGAGAAUUACAACAAAAUGCAGUGCACUGUCAGUACCUCGGUGCUGCACUCAAAGCGGCCAAAACGGUGAGUGUGCGGUGCUGGACACUUACCACCCUAUAUGGGAAAGGGAGGGACUCGAUUUGGGACAGCACUAUUACACUGUCAAAAUUUGCGCUCUCAGGAAGUAAGUACACAGUGUACACAGUAUACUUAUUGAAGUGUACUGACUGAAGUAUUCCAUUUGAGACACAGCCAUAGAUUAGGCACAUAUGGAGGUGCAGUUGACCUUCGGAAAUAAUAUUUGUCAUUCAGAAAUGCAGAACACAGGUUUUUUUUAUUCUAAAUUUAAAAUAGAGCCACCCAUCAAGAACAGGGAGACACAUAUUUCCUCAAGGCAGUUGUUUUUUUGUUUUUUUUUUAAACAGUCAUCUUGACCUAAAGCCAAAACUGCUAAAGUGCUCAGGACUAUAAAAAUAUACAUUUGAAAAAAAAAUGCCAUUCAUUUCCAAUGCAUUGGUUUGGCUCAUGCAAAGAUUGAAAUUAGCUGUAGUGAAAUAGCGGAACGGUAGACCAUAUUUGCGCGCUAAAGCGUCAAAGCGUGGAGGAGUACUUAAAAUCAAUUCCAGUUAUAUUCCAGCUAUAUUAAAGCUUUAAUUUGGAUUGGCUUUUUAUCAGGUUCUGUUCUCACCCAUUUCUCCAAACUCGCAAGUUCUACAUGCUUUAGUUCCCCUGUUCUUGGUGGAAGAACACACCUCCAUUGCUCCACAACCAAAGUGUUUGCGUCAGACUACUGUAUACCAUUUAUUCAUAGCUACAAGUUCUGUUUGCGUAUGCGGAACGUAGCUUGAUCGCAUUAUUAAUGUCGCACUGCAACGACCUCCUCAGACUCGGUCUGCCUUGCAAAUAACCUACAAACACACACGAGAACAAAUGCAUUACCUCAGAACACACUUGAUACCUGGAUUGAGUGGCAGCGUAACAUAUCUCACACUGUAACUGCAGGGAGCCUUUAAAUAACUCGGAUGGCGUGUCAGUGCUUUCUGGUCACUGACAUGCUGGAUCUUCUCAUGGUUUCAAACUACCUCUGACUCAGCACAAUCAGCUCAAGAAAUGUACGCCGCUCAGCCGAAUUACACUCAAAGCGAAAUGCACAGGAGGGCAGUGUGCAUUCAUGUGUCGAUGUGUUGGAACUGACUUUUUUAUACUGUACAUUAAAGCGAGGUCUGGUGUCUUCUCACAAAGAAACAGCAUUGUGUCUGCAACUGUUUUGUUUCAGCGGGAGAUCUAUAAAGAAGCACAUGUCAGGUAUGAGACAAAGCAACCUUUUUUGAAGGGGUAAUUCACAGUUUUGCGCCUGAUUUGCUCUUAGUAAAUCUUCCGUUUUCACAAAUGUCUUAUUGACAUGCAUUGCGAAUUCAUUUCAGCCAAUAACAUGAAAAAAUAGACAGUGGAACCUCGAAGGAAGGAAUACAAUUGAGUUAUAAUCAUUUUCGGCAGGAAUGGAAGUACAGGAGAAUUACUAUACUACCGUUAAACCAUCACCAUUAUAAAAAAGUUUUUAACAUUAUUCGUAGUCAUAUAAUUGUAAAAAGAAGCCCCCAAAAACAGCACAAAACGUUGAUUCAGUCUCAAGAAACUCGCCAGCAGGCUAGAAAAAGUCUUUAAAAACGUACACUUUUUACCCUUAUGCCCAAAAACGAUUCUUCUCAUAAAAGUGACAUAUAUAAUUUUUUUUUUCACUUUCACAACUUCAGGCCUAACCAUAGACAUUAUUUUUACAUUUAUUUUAAAACUAUAUCUUUAAAAAUAUACUUUUUUCCAUGUUUUUAUUUCAGAAUUUUUUUUCAAUGGUAAAACCACCAAAAUAUGCCAUAUUUUCCAAAAAUCCAGUCUUGACCAGGUGGAUAAUUGAUUCUCAUGCAUUAUUAUUUUUGGAGCAGCAUUUUAGAAGUUCACAAAAUGUGGUUAGAAUUGGAGUCAAUGGGACCAAAUCGGUCCCGAGGUUAAGGAGAGUAAGUGUAUAAGUGUAGUGUAUAGACCUUUUUAACAAUCAUAAAAAUCAAAUGAACCGUUUUGGUCCCCCAUAGUGGAUGACACUAUCCAUCCAUCCAUCCAUUUUCUAUACCGCUUCUCCUCUUUAGGGUCGCGGGGGCAUGCUGGAGCCUAUCCCAGCUGACUUCGGGCGACCGGCGGGGUACACCCUGGACUGGAUGACACUAGAAAUGGGGAAAUAAGCGACAUCCAAACAGGAGUUCAGAACAUUCAGAUGAGCCAGUUGUAUUUUUUAACCAAAAUUUUGCUUAUAAUUUGGUGUCCGACUUUAAAGGUUCCGCUGAAGAUGAACACUUACCUGACGUCUGCUUCUUUAGCGACUUCCUGAAAAAAUGUCAAUGGGCUUUUUAAAUACAGUACCAGUCAAAAGUUUGUAGACACGUUCUCAUUCAACAGGAUGCAAAAGCGUCUCCAAACUUUUGACCGGUCCUGUGGUUAUAUAUAUACUUAAAGGUUAAAAGCAGCUAUUCAUUUUUCUUCGAAAGAAAUGUCUAAACAUUGUAAGGCGACCGACAUCCUCAUCCACAAACUGAUAUUUCUGCUUGACAACUUGAAUUUAUUUUGUACCAAUUUCAUGUUGAUUUUUUUGAUGCCACAUGACAUUGAUUUCCUUUUUCCUGAUUGUACUACCUACAGUACUAUCUCAGUACCUCAAUGAUGGACUCAUCCGUUCACUCGCUACCUCCAGUAUACUGUACUUUCAGUGCUGACAUAUCUUAAUAAUCAUCGAUACCAGAACUGCAGACGCUUCUCAUUGGUUCAAACGUUGUUUUACCAGGACACUCAAGCUUCUUGUCUCAGUACACCUCUCACCCUCAAAGGGGCUUUCCGGUUUGGAUUAUUGUAUAUUGUAUUCUAUGUUUUUCUCAUUUUUGAUUAGUUAUAUACUUGAUGUAGGUGUCUUGUGUACUCGUACACAACAUGUGACUUUCUUCUCUUGUUAUAUGGUUCGACCAGAUGUACGUGGGGUUAUUUUUGACUUACUUAUGCCAGUUCUCACUCAAAGGCAGAGGUAGUGCCUCGUUGAUCCGUUCACUUGCCAUUCUUACGUCAUGAUACAGUGGAACCCGCUUAAGUCAAUAACUCUGAUUGGAUCUAAUGAAUGUAUUAUCGCCACAACAUAUUACUUCAUUUAUCCGUUUUAAGUCAUUUCGACACAGGAGUUGUUUCAAGCUCGCUCUUUGAUUAGUUUAGUGUCCAUCAUACGGUAAAUUUUAAUAUAUCUUGAGCAAACAAAGGAAUUGUGUUCCUUUUUGUUUGUUUUUAUGCUUAAUGGACUUCAGUAGGCUAGAAAAUUGGCCCCCAAAAACGUUCACAUCCUCAGUGCAGUUGGCCAAGAUUCAUUUUACGUAUUUAAUUUGACAUUUUUAGUAACCCCCGUGGCAAUUGUACCACAGUUGGAGAAAUACACUUCAAAAUACGCUUGAAAUACAAAAAUGUACAUUUUUUUUGCCCCAUUCAGAAAGGAGUCUGUGUCCCACUUUUAGAGCCCAUCCCACCAGUUAAUCACUGGACGAGAACAUCAUAGCUUUCAGCUCUGGGAGUCUUAAAAACUGUUUUUCAUCAUCUAGUACAAUCAGAUACACGUUACUACCUCUCAAAAGGCCUUUUUUUUGGUUUUUACCUCGAUAUCCAACCUAAAUACUGUUUAACAUUCUGAGAACGUUGGGUGAGCCU